AGGUGGCUGCUUGGGUGGGUGGCUGUGUCCGCCCUGUUUUGCCUGGAAGUUCACAGGCUGCACUCAUGUGGGGCCAGUGGAUUUGGGGACAAGCUCUCCUCCACUGCUGUCUUCAUUUUCCCCUAAGUCUGCAUUUGCUAAAGAAAUCUCCUCUCUGAAAGUGAAACUGCUCAUCCACCAACUCGUGAGAGCAAAAUAUUAAGUGGUUCCUCUGUUAUUUUCAGUGCUUAGGCUGGGAACUGAGGUUUGCUUGCAUGGGCUGCCUCUCAAGGCAUCCUUUCGUCAGUGGUCAGCACUGAUGUUACCUUGCUUUAUGGCACGUUUUUAAUAUCUUGGAAAUCCUUUAGCAAUGUCUGCAUGUUUGUUUGGUAAUCUGUUAUUAUCCAUAAGGGAAAAAUAUGAAAAAAAGGAGAAUUGAAGUUGCUGCUUGUGUUUGGAUGAAUUGAGACUUUGUUUAACAGAAGAUUAACAGUUGGUUUACUUAUCAGCUUUCUAGAGGUUUUAUAGUUACAAAAUGGUCAUAGACAUCUUCGGUUUUCUAAAAUUUGGGGAAUGGCGGUCAACGUGUACUCUACCUCUAUAACCCAGGAGACUAUGAGCAGACAUGACAUCAUUGCAUGGGUUAAUGAUAUAUUAGCUUUAAACUACACAAAAGUUGAACAACUCUGUUCAGGAGCAGCUUACUGCCAGUUCAUGGACAUGUUGUUCCCAGGGUGCAUUAGCUUGAAGAAAGUAAAGUUUCAAGCAAAGCUGGAGCAUGAGUACAUUCACAACUUCAAACUUCUGCAGGCAUCAUUUAAAAGAAUGAAUGUGGAUAAGGUAAUUCCUGUGGAAAAACUGGUCAAAGGGCGCUUCCAAGACAACUUAGAUUUCAUUCAAUGGUUUAAGAAGUUCUUCGAUGCUAACUAUGACGGGAAGGAGUAUGAUCCUGUGGAAGCUCGACAAGGCCAAGAUGCUCUUCCUCCACCAGAUCCUGGUGAACAGAUCUUUAACCUGCCCAAAAAGUCUCACCAUGCAAACUCUCCAACUGCAGGUGCUGCUAAAUCCAGUCCAGCUUCUAAACCAGGAUCAACACCUUCUCGCCCAUCUUCAGCAAAAAAAGCUGCACCAAGCAGCUCGGCAUCCAAAUCAGAUAAAGAUUUGGAAACUCAAGUCAUACAGCUCAGUGAACAGGUACAUUCAUUAAAACUUGCACUUGAAGGCGUGGAGAAGGAAAGGGAUUUCUACUUUGGCAAAUUAAGGGAGAUUGAACUUCUCUGCCAAGAACACGGGGGAGAGAAUAAUGACCUUGUCAAUCGGCUAAUGGAAGUCCUUUAUGCUUCAGAUGAACACGGAAUUACCAGUACUGCAUAUGCCUCAAUUAGAAGUAAAGAAAGUACAUUUCAAUAUAAUAUUAUGAGAUGCUGCUUUGCUCAGGAGAGCCACACAGAUGAGCAUGAAGGUGAAGAGCAAGUCCAUGAACAGCCCCAGCAGCAGGAUGAGUACUGACUCACGCAGCAUCUCUGACAAUUUUCGUUUUGUGUGAGAACUUUCUUCUGGAGAAUGGAACAUGUGCGGCCUCAAACUUGAAAUCAGUUCACUCCCAGUCUGCCAUUAACAUUUAUGUACCAUAGUGAGUGCCAGCCAACCACUGCAUUCUGUACCAAUACUUUGCCAAGAUGCAUUUGCAGGCGUCUUCUUUCAGUGUAUCUUCCCAAGAGGUUGUAGGGCUACAUCACCUACUGUACAUCACUGCAACGUCACCACUUGGCUGCUUGAGAUUUGUUCUGCUCUUUAAAAAUAUAUAUAUUUAUUUUUAUUUCUUUUUCGUCUUAAGUAUGAUACACUUGUAACUUGUUCUAACAUAUUUAUAUUGGCAUUUUGUGUGGCAAGGAGUUCUGUACCACUAGCUGUGUCUCUCACUUUGUGGUGCUUUUGCAUUUUCUAGUACAUCUGCCUUGGGGCACCAAUUUGGCCAAGCAGUUGAAAUAAAGGGAUACAGUGGGUGUCAUACUCAAGCCAUAACGAUGAGAUUGUGUUGUGGAGGAAAACACUUGUGUUGCUCACAUUUAUUCUUUUUCUGCCUUCACAAAUGGAAGGCAGAGCAUCUGUUUCACUGGGAGAUUUAAACCCCUGUGUUAGGAAGCUUGUUAGAAAGCUGCAUGGUAUGUUCUUUGGCUGAUAUCUGGAGGAACAGACAUCCACUUAAGCUUUUUGAAAACCCUCCCAGUUUCCUAACUAGUCAAUAGACAUUUCCCAGCUUUUCUUCCUUUCUGAGGAAUCCAGUCCCAGUCUCCAGCCGCAGCUCUGCCUACGCAGAGCUCAGUGCUGAGGGAGGAGAGAGAUCUCCUUGACACAAGUGUGGCUGCAGGACACAGUCUGUACCAUCCUCCUUGGCUUCCCGCUUCUCAGAAAAGGAGAAAGUAGACCGGCCAUUUCUUUCCACUUUCCAUCCCCCUUCCACUGCCCCAGCCAUACAAGUCUAGAAGACAGAAAUUUUGUCACUAGUGCAAAGUAUGGGGAAAAACAGCAACAACACUGGCCCCAAACUGUGCCCCAAACUUCCCUGUAAGUGGAUGGUGGACACUUCACAAGUUUAAGACUGCUUCUAAAGCAUGUAGAAGCAGUGAGGAGUCCUCCUGGAGACAGGGCACACAUUAGAGGGAGACCAUCUAACUGAGGGCACAGAGCUGGUUCUGCUCUUGGCUGACCAUCCUCCUUCAAGGCCAGUGUGGUGCAGAACCAUGUGUGCACUGGAGAUGUCUGCAGUGGGAGUGUUCCCUUCCAGUGUGGUCCCAUGGCCCUGUUCUAAAUGAUGGAAUUUUAUAAGGAGAGGUAUCUUGAAGUAUAAAAAGCAUUCCUUGUUCUUCUCCUACCACUGUGCAUUGUAGUCUCUCUGGUUAUUUAAUUCCUGGUAUUCUUGGUAUCUCACUUCAUUUUCUGAGUUCUGGUUUGUUGUGCUGAUUUAGCAGGUAUGUGGAAGCCCCAUCCCAAUUGGCAUUCAGUGAAAAACUCCACAGCCUUUUGGACAGCUAAGUUAUUUCAGGCGUUCAUAGGCUUCUAAAGCGUUAGGUCCCCAGCUUAUGCUUCCAUAGAAAAGUUUCCAGUACAUCAGCCCCCAGGCACACACACAUGCACAUGCAGCUUUCCAUCCCUAAUCAAUCUUCUGCAGCUAAGUGGCUCUUAGUUAAAUGUGAGAACCCUGCUGUUGUGUUGCACCACCAACAAUAUAUAAAAUGCUGUCGAGCACGAGAACAGGUAUUUCCAGUUCCUUGAUCCUCCCUCUGCACAGCAGAAGAGUUUCUGGACCCUGCAGGCUGAAGUUUUCCAAGCCCUGCACCCAGUAUUGACCUCACAUCCUACCCAGUGAUGAAAUCAAAGUACUGCAACCUGCAGGCCAGUGCUUUCCUCUCCCUUCUCAACUGGUUACAAAUAAGGUCUGGUUUAUAAAAUCGUGUUUUUUCCAAAAUAAUUAUUUCCAAGAAUCACCACAAAUGGGGGAAUUGUCAUUUUUGUUGUAUUUGUGUUUAUUAGAACAUAUGUACUUAUUACAAUUGUCAUUGUAAUAAACAGUAGUUCUUCAUAAUACUGUUGAAGAGCAGUUACUAAUUUUUUUCCAGACUCCAGAAUGUCCUUUAACCUUUAUGGGAUCUCUGAAUGGGGCAAGGAGUUUGGGAUCAGGCUAUAAAUUUAAUUUCAUCAGCACGUCUCUGCUUACUGGAGUUCAUCCUUCUGCCAAUACUUGAGCAGGUGCAUGGAGAGCACUUCAAGGGAGAACAUUUUUCUGAAGGUGCAAAUGGUUGGGGUUGCUGAGCUCCCCAGACAGUUCAUAGCCAGGCUGUUGUGCCUCUCUUCUUUUCUCUCUUUUGAAGCACAUAUGAAAAAAAAAAUUAAAAAGCUGAAGUUCAUUUCCUGAAAAUUCCUUGCAUCCUGUUUCUGAUCUGAGAACCAUAGCCCCCUCACUGCUUGUAUCAAGGGGGGAGUGACUGAUGUAGGGAGCCAGGGCAGUGAAAUUCUUUGGGAGCACCAGAAAUGUGGCUGUGCUGAGGGGAGAGCAGUGUUCUGAAACGGGGAAAGAGUUGUCCUUCCCCCCCACCCCCUGUGAGUAACCCAUUCUUCUGUUAUGGUUUUAAUAUGCAUUUGUAAUUACCUUUACUAAAUAGCACACCAUAAAGCUUUGGUUAUAUAUUAAAUGUAAACUGAAAGGAAUGUAAACAUAUGUAUUGUUAAUUAUAAAUAGAUAAGUAAUGGCAUAAUAGAUACAAAAAAGUCUUAUUCAGAUGUAUCAGUCAUUUUACAUUAUCCACAAACUGUCGCAUGAUAGAGUAGAUUUUUGUCUGAAUAUGUGAAUAACUUGACUUGCGUUUAUCUUUUUACAUAUUUAAUAAAAAAAUAUAUGUUAAAA